UUGCCUGGAUACAGUGCCUAACAUUGGCAAAGAGGAAGAAACGCAAAGCUAACCUGUAGAAAGUUCUGCUCACAGAAAAUGCCGAAAUAUCCCGAGGAGCCGGGAAAAGUGAGUGUCCCUGCUCCAGGCCGCUGGGUGUGGGAUGAAGAAGCUCGAACUGUGGAGUUUGUCAGUUCUGGCCCGACCGAGGAGGGUGUUUUGACGAAAAGGAGGCAGACCAAUGUGAAUUUUAACGAUCUUCAUCAGCGAGCAGAGUGGUUGGCUGAGAUCUGUACCUUGAACCAAAGAGGGCGCCAAAGCACCAGGAAGAGCCUGAGUCCUGCUCAUCUGAAUGCUUACAGGGCCUCAGUGAUGAAGAGGCCAGGGGACCACGUCACCACUGAUGAUGUUAAACAGGUGGCUGUCAGUUUGCUGCAGGAGAAUUAUUCGCUUCCCAUUCCAUUCUGCUUCUUGAAAGUAUUAAAGAGUAAAGAGCUUGACGAAGUCCUGACUGCUCUCCUCCUUUACCUGACUUGUUUCUUUGAACACAAGUCUCUGGAGAAUAAACCUAAGCCUUUAAUGGCUGUAGACAUCCUCACAGAGCACCGGAUGAUGGCGAAGGCUUUGGCCAAAAAGGAGAUAGCUCAAAAGAAGCUGGCUGUCUGUUACUUCAGCCUAAUCAUGGACCUGGAGAUAGAACAGCAUCAACACACACCAUGUUACAAGGGCCGGAUGUCGCCAAACAGCACAGAAUGGCUGCUACAUGCGUGCUUGUACAGCUUCUUCUGUUGCGUCGCCUGGGUGACGUUCGGGAGGAAGGACCUGAGGGACAUCCAAGAGGAGGUGGGGCGUCUCUUUUACUCUGACACCUUUACCACGGCAGUGAAGAACAGGACUGAUGGAGACUCAGGAAUGACCUUCGCUACUGUUAAUGGUUCAGUGAAGACGGGAGAGGCUGACCCCAAGGAGACAGGAUGUAAUGGCCCGUUCAGGCAUAGAACGUCCCAGAGGCGUCCGGCCCUCAGCAGUAUAGUUAAUCAGCGAUCCCCACUGAUGGUAUCUCUGCUGCCCUCGCCCAAAGAACGGUCACCCCAUCUGUUCCUCGGCAGCCGGGCUAGGAGGCAGAGCGCGCUGCAGGCCAAGCACUGUGACACCAAGGCCCUGGCGGAGGAGCUCAACCAGCAGCUGGCCAGUGUCAGCUUUGGGAUUCUUGGCAAGCCAUUGAGCCAAUUCAGCUGCAGUACCCUGAUACCCUAUGGAGAACAGAAAAGCAACAGAGAUGACGACCAUGAACCGGGGAGUGACGUUAGCAACAACAGCGAGGAUCGUCCUGGCAUCCAUAUCGGAGGUAGCAGGUCGUCCCUCAAGUCGACAGGCCUUGCCAGAUAUGGCAGCACCACCCACAUGAACACGGGAAGCUCUGCAGCUACCAUUGAGGCAGGGACCUCAGACACUGAAUGACUGUGUGUGUGAGAGUGUGCAUUUUUAUUGGCAUUACACAGACACUUCAUGUGCAAAUGCAUUCCCCAGCAAAGCCCACAAGGUCAAAAACAGAGAGAAAGUAGUGGCUGAGUUUUCAUUCCACUCUGCUCAUGUGUGGUUCAUUUUCAAAAGCACCUCCCUGGACUGUCAUCACACACAUAGUAUUUGUUGGGAUUUGCUUCUGAAUUUAAAUCAGUGUCUUAUUUGCCAGCUGGUGGUGCUGUUGAAUAAAAUAUAAUGAAAUCCAUAACAACUUUGAAGGUCUGCGCUUACUACAGAGUCUGAAAGAUAUUCAUUUCAUAUGAAAAUGUAGGAAGUCCAGCACAUUGCAUGCAUAAUUCAUGUUGGAUAAUAAUAUGUAUGUGGGAAAUUGAAUUAUUCAGUCUUCACGCAGAGUUUAUUUGUCAGAUCAGUGUUCACCUUUUUUUAUUUAGAUCAUUGAAGGCCUCCCUUUAGACCACUGAGUCAUUCUGUGUUCUUGCGCUGCUUCACAGCAGGCUAACAAUAUCAUGAACUAGUGCCUCUUCACACAUACACACACACACAUUCUAGCACAUCACUCUCUAGCCAGGAUUGGUAGCAGAAGGGGCUUUGCCUUCGCCCUAAUUGGCUGCAUAAUCUGGGACACCAGGAGUAGAGUUAAGCCCUCUGAGGAGGAGGAGAAGGAGGAGGAGGCCUGGGAAGCUUGUGCAUUAGGGUGGGGGAUGGGUCACAAGAUAUAUUUUAAAUUAGUUUUAAAAAACGCUCUUGGGUUAAAUUUACACUGUUCUACACCCAAAACGAUUGCGUCAAGCACUCCCCUGUUUUUUUUUUAUCACUUAUGUGACUAUGACUUGUCUAUUGAUGUCAUAGAGGAUGGACACUUUCAUGAGGACAAAGAUAAUGGUUCAGACCAAAUGGGACCUAUUACUUUCUCCCCUCUUCUUGCUGCUGUCUUGUCUUUGUCCCCUGAUGGCUACUUUCACUUUUCCUCUCUGUCUCCUCAAUUGUUCUCCUUGUCUUCUUCCUCCAGUACAGUGUGGCUAAUACCAGGCAAACAGUCAGAUACUUGACAGAGUGAAACCUGCCUUAUCAGUUAACACGUCCUUUUCCCUGGCCUGACUGAAUAAUCAAAGAGGUGCUACAGUGGCAGUGGACACUAUUGGCUUUCUCGCCAAGAGUGAAGUGACAAGAUCAAUACCACAAAAUCUGUGUGGGAAUGUGGCUGGAGCCAGCAGCUGCUAACCUUAGCUUAGCAUGGCACAAAGACUGGAAACAGCUCGCCUGCCUCUGUCCAUAGGUAACAAAAUCCACCUCCUAAAUAAUCCCCCAUGGACUGGAAAAUUGUUUUUACACAAACAAGAUGUAUAAUGUGUGUGGUGAGCUUUAGAAAUAUUACUAGGCAGAUUUUUUUUUUUUAACCUUUGGACAGAGCUGUUUCCACAUUUUCAGUCUUUAUGCUAAGCAGACUCCUACUUAAGCUUGCAACUACAUAUUUACUGUACAGGUGCAUAUCUGCUACGGAAUAAAUGUGAGAUUGAUAUCUGUCUCUCCAACUCUGGCAAGAAAACAAAUUAAGCUGUCUCCAAAAAUGUCAAACUAUUACUUUAACUUUAUAGAACUACCUUUUGUGUACUUGUACUUGUGUUGACUUGUAGUUGAAUUGCCCUUUAAUGGAGCUUUCAUUUUAGUUUUUCAACUCUCAACAGAGCAUUCUUUUACCUGAUGUCACCACCUAAUAUCGUCCCUGACACUCGGUUUCAAAACAUUACAACAGUGAACUUAGUGAGUGUCUUUAUCCAUUGAUUGCAUUCCCUCUUUGCUGUGAAAAGUUGAAAAAGUCAAGUGCCAUUGAAAAAGCACAAAUUGUUUUGGUUUUAAAUCAAACAGCGAAUACCGGUUGAUAUCUCCGCAUAAAAGCAGCACAUUGAUGAUUCAUUGUACACACAGAAAUAUUCUUGUUAAUCAGCUGUCAGGAUGAUUUAAGAUGCCUUUCAAAAUUCUUGAAAGUUUUUCUUCUUCAAAAUAAAUGAAAUCCCAGCACUGGCACUUGUUAGUAAAACUUUAUAAUUUGGCUGUGAACCGAAAUCUCUCACCAUCUGAGUGUUAAAGGUUAAUGCAUGCUUCAGUCUACCACCAAGGCAAGAGCAUAUACACAUGUAAGGCACCACCAAUGCACGAUUUCCUCUACACUACAGAGUGUGUUCUGUAUGCAGAACUGCAAUAUAUGUGGCUAAGAUGGUGCCUGGAAGGAAUUUAGUUUGGCAGUACUUGUGAUCAGGAGAGUUUAGGGUUUACUUUGCACAAAGGGCAGACUGUUAUCGGGUGGGAUUAGUGGUUUUCAAAGGGUUCUGGGAAAAUGCUGUUUUCCACUGUUCUGAAUGGAUUUUAGUGAUCUGGAAAUUUGACUGUGAGGUGGAAGAUUGUGCGGGCAAGCUUGUAAUCAGUGGACCUUUUCUGAAGGCUGCUCCGUGGAAAAAUCACACCUUUUUAAAAUGAAUUGAAUAAUUACAAAAUUGCCUCUCAAAUCAUGCAUUAGUUGCACAUUAAAGUGCACCGCAAGUUAACUUCCAUCUAAUGGUCGUCUUAGGUGAAGUGAUUAUAAUUAUUAGUGAAAUAUAAUUUAAAAAGAUGUACUUGAAAAUGAUUUGUACCUGUAAUUUUAGUUUUGUGAACUUGUACAUUAAGUAACCUAUAAAAAAAGGCUUCAUUUUAGAAACUGUGAAGCAUAUGUAUGUGUGCGUGCUUACAGACUUCUAAUAGGGUUUGUAUGCAGAGCUUUACAAAGAAAACAGGGGAGAGAGGGCACUACUCAUUCUGCCUAAAAGUGGUCUCUGUUUGUGAUUUACUAUUACAUAUGAUGUUUUUGGUUAAUAUUACUGCUGCAUUUUACUGCUGUAGAUGUUUGAGCUAAUUUUAUAUACUGUUGGGUAGUUUAAUUUACAGCAAUUCAUCAUAUUGUAUAAGAUCAUAUGUUUGUAGUGACGCUUACCUGUGAGAAGUCAACUUUGCAUGAGCUCAGAAAAAGCUAAAUUAUUUAGAAGAAGGUGAAUUUUAUCAACCCGUAAAGGGACAGUUAAUCGUUGUGUGUCAUUAAGUGAAACACCAUGGGUUUGGAUCAUGGGUGGAGAAAAA